GCGGCAGUGUCGGUUUUUUGUUGGUGAUGUGCAGUGGGAGGAGAGACAGCGGCGGCCUGGCAGGAAGGGAGGGAGGACGGACGGAGCAGUUUGAGGAGGACAGGCGCGUCGUUCACCGUGUGGUGGUGGUGGUGGUGGUGAUUUCAUGUGGAAGAAGAAGAAAGCGCGACAGACAGCAGCGAGCUCGUUUUACUCUGAAACGGAUUUUAUUAUUAUCUCCCCGCAAAAUGUGUAGUACUCCGUGUUGGAUCACGCAGCUGGCCUGCUGCUGUGGCUCAGCAGCCUGCUCGUGCUGCUGUAACUGCUGCCCCAAGAUCAAACAGUCCACAGGGACCCGAGUCAUGUAUGCCCUCUACUUCCUGCUGGUCACCAUCAUCUGUGCCAUCAUGAUGUCCCCCACUGUGGAGCAGGAGUUCAGAAACCAUAUCCCCUUCUACAGUGACUUGUGUGAGAAGAUGAAUGCAGGGGAGAACUGCAAAAUUCUGGUUGGCUACUCUGCUGUCUACAAGGUGUGCUUCGGCAUGGCCUGCUUCUUCUUAUUCUUCGCUGUCUUCACCAUACGAGUCAACAACAGCACAGGCUGGAGGGCGGCUGUACAUAAUGGGUUCUGGUUGCUGAAGUUUAUUGUGCUGGUGGCGUGCUGCGCUGGAGGCUUCUUCCUCCCAGAAGAGGAAACCUUUCUGGAAGUGUGGCGUUACGUAGGAGCCGUUUGCGGUUUCAUUUUCCUGCUGAUCCAGCUCAUGCUGUUGGUAGAGUUUGCACACAGAUGGAACACAAACUGGAGUUCAGGAGUGAAUUCUAAUAGUCUGUGGUACGCGGCUUUGGCCUUUGUGACUCUGGUGCUGUUCAGUCUUGCGGUAGGAGCCGUAGUCUUCAUGGGUGUGUUCUAUACCGACCCUGAGGCCUGUUUACUUAACAAGAUCUUCCUGGGCAUCAAUGGCAGCCUGUGCCUCAUCGUCUCCCUGUUGGCCAUCUCCCCAUGCAUACAGAAAUUGCAGCCCACAUCAGGCCUGCUGCAGCCAGGAGUCAUCAGUGUGUACGUCAUGUACCUCACCUUCUCAGCCUUUUCCAGCAAACCAAAAGAAAUGGUGGAGAGAGAUGGUGUGAACACAACCGUGUGUGUGUUUCCCUUCAACUCUGGGAUCGAGGGUGACAAGAAGAUUGUCACUGCUCUGGGAACCGUUAUCCUGUUUGGCUGCAUCCUUUACUCUUGCUUGACAUCCACCACCAGGCGAAGCUCUGCAGCGCUCAGAGUGUGUAGGAACAGUGAGCCAGAGACUGAGAGAGCUCGCUGCUGUUUCUGUUUUGGAAAUGACACAGAUGACUAUGAUGAGGAGAAUACUGGUUCAGGUCAGAACGUGGUGUAUGAUGAGAGAGAGGGAACCAUCUACAGCUACGCCUACUUCCAUUUUGUCUUCUUCCUGGGAUCCCUCUACGUCAUGAUGACCAUCACCAACUGGUUCCAUUAUGAUAACCAUAAGAUUGAGAAACUGUUGGAGGGGAGCUGGUCUGCGUUCUGGAUCAAGAUGGCCUCCUGCUGGGUCUGUCUCAUCCUCUACAUGUGGACCCUCAUUGCCCCCAUGGUCUGCCCAAAGCGCUUUGAGGCCUAGGGCAAUCAUUACUAGAAUAGAGCCUACUCUGAUUCUUGGGGUGUGGCCAGGCAGAAGCUCUCACGCUGAACCAAGGGACCACCACACACACACACACCCCCUCCCCGUACUUUAAAACACAACCCUACACUACCCUCAGCGUUCAAAAUGGAGGAUUAUCUGUUGCCUUUUGUUUUGUAUGCUAGUGUUUACUUUGUUUUACAAUGUUACGCUGUUAAUACCUUGAUGGUAAUUUUUGUUAUUUUUACUACCACUUACUUCUGGAGUUUUGUUACUUAGAGGUUUUAGAUUACAUAAAGAAUCAUGGGAGUUAAGUUACAUUGUGAAACAUGAGAAGCAUCAAGCCCCCAUAGAUUCCUUGAUCAUUUCAGAUUUGACAGUAUAUUUUGUAAGGAUUUCCUGUGUGUCAGUUUUUCUUGGAUUCUCGCUUUUACUCUCAGCCAGGCAUUUCAGUUCUGUACAGUUGAACCAUAAAGUUGCAGCAAAGUUUUGGGACGAAUUUAUUUCAGGUUAGAAAUGUUACGAGAGAAAUUGUAUUUAUUUAGGUAUGUCUUAAGUAAUGAGAAAUCAUUUUGUGAAGGAAUGUGGUGUAAAUUGAAUUAGAUUUGUCUCAGACUUUGUUGAAAAACUCAUCUCUCAGGCUCAGAUGUCAGCUGUAUAUGUUUAUGCUUUGUUAUGUUGCGCCCUUUUGUAGAAUUUUUCUAUGCAACGGAACAAGCUCUUUUUGAUAUUAUAGAUACUCAGUGUUGUGAAGUUUCCACUUAGAUCACAAGGAUAAUGUUUCAGAUUUUAUUAAUGUCAGUGCUCCCUUUGAGCCAGAUCUUUUCUUAGGAAAAUCCCUGUCAUUUGUACAACAUUUUGAGAUAUCAUCAUUGUUGUACAGGGCAAAUCAACCUGCCUUAUGUAACAGUGAUGUUAGUGAAAAGCCACCUCUCUGGAAGAGCUGCAGUGACAGAUGAGGAACGUUUGCCAAAGGUAGAUGUCAAAACAACAAACUACUCUAUCAGAUUGUUUGGUCAGUUACAGAGAAAAAUAUAACUGAGAACAUUAUGUAUUUGCAUGCACACACAGACACUUAAAACAGCUGUUUUCUGUACAGUUAUAAAGGCUUUUUGCCUUGUCUUUGUUACAUGUCAGCUCAUAAUGGUGGUCAGAAUAAGGUAGCAAUGAGUGCUUUUAUUAGUGAGUUAUUCAACACUGGAUGUUGAGUUUACUGCCGAAUUAAGAGUCACACAAAGACCUUCACCUGUUUGUUACCUGUGUAACAGAUGUGUUUUUUUUUAUAUUACACAUUGUCAACUGCAAGUCAUUUGUUUCUCAUUCAUCAUCAAUAAAUCAGUAUGUUCUUCGUUUGUCUGAUGGUAUUCCUGAUAUGUUUUAUAAUAACUUAAAUGUACAUUUUGGCUAAAGUUCUGUGGAAAGUUUCAUUUGAAUUAUUCUUUACAUACCUGCAAAUGUCAUGUGACUUUUUUGGAAACAUUUCUGCAUUUUAACUAUUGGUACGAAUGUAGAAAUUAAAUGGUGCUCUGCAGCUUUAAUAUAGUACCAAGCUACAAAAAAAGAUCCUAAAUCAGAUAGCAGGACCCAUUGUGAAGGGUGUGUACUACCAUAAGAUAAAAGGGGGAAAAACUUUGUCCAAGUAGUAUGUUUGAAAUACAGAGAUGUGGGUGCCAUGCAGUUCACAUUGUUCAAACUCUUUCAAUAAAACAUCCAUAGAACACCA